AUGCGGUGGUGGAUCGGUGUGUGCCUCGCUGCCUGGGCGAGUGCGGCGCAUGUGCCGCACGUUGAGACGGACGCGAUUGUGCAUGUAGCGCAGCACGAACCAUGGCGCAUUCAGGCCCCCAGUCACGACGUGGACGGCCACGUCGAGCUGUGUACGGAUCAGCAGCCACACACCCAGCGGCACCGCGGCUGGAUCGAUCCUGCCGAGCAUGGCGGCAGUAUGCUCGAUGUGGUCGGCAACGGAUUCCGUGAGCCUAUCAAUGUGAUCAUUUCGGGUGCCUCGGACCGCCGUGUGCUGAGCGACCAGGGCCUCCUUGACUAUGCACGCUCGCUUGGGUUCUCGUUCGAGUGCCUACACAUCCACCUAGGUGGCCUGCAGUAUGCGAAUCUCGGCGACGGUCAGGGACACGUGCCACAGCUGUUUGAGUAUCGCAGUAUCGCCUCGCCAAGAUCGCCCGGUGCAUGGAUCGGUGCGUGCUGGGAAAGCUUGGCGGGCGGCAACCACUUCCGUGUGUGGCGCCAGAAUGGCACGCUGGCCGAUACAGGCGCCUGGUUCCUCGCCGUGUCGAAAGAAGAAGACGUCGCGCGGCACCACACCAUCUCACCGAAUGGCUACGACAUCGGCCGCAACUUACUCGUCGAGAAGGCGGCCCAAGGCAGCUCAUUUCGCGGCACGUCGUGGACCGCCCACGUCGAGUGGAAAGAGGGCCUGUUGCAUCCCGGCAGGCAGGGUAUCAAUCACAACAUAUCGAUUGAUGGCCGCGUCGCCAUCCUCACCGUGCACCAGCUUUGA